CACAGCAACCAAGUUGUUUAUUGAUGGCCGCUACCCACAGGAAAAUAUUUAGAAGCAGGAUUAUGUGUCUCUGAUCUACGAUGGGAUACAUUAGAAUGUCCAGGGUGAAACACUGAUAUACGGGUUAAUUGAAAGGGAAAUACUUUGAUAUUAUAGACUCAGGAUUUAUAAACCAAACCUAUUAUUUAUCAUUUUGCACAGCGUCGCACCUUUUGAAACAGCAUGGACGCAAAACUCAUCUUCGUGACGAUGUCAUUGAUGGUCGCACUUUGCCUUGGUGAUUUGGCCAGCGACAUCAGCACAAAUACUGUUGAGCUUCAAUUUUACAGACUUCAGGUUGCUGAUUGGGAUACACAUGGCAUGCAGACAAAGGUGGCAGCCAUUCUUGCGAGUGGGGCCAACACUUACUGUAGUGCCAACCCUAAUACUUGUGGCCUUGUCACAUGUUGUACUGGCACAGCUUUCAAAGAAAUCAACAUUGGAAAAGAUGCGAACUCUGCUGUAAAUGAUGGGAAAAACAUGUUGUUUAGUUUCUACAUCACCAUCCCAGACGGAGCAUCACUGAUGGCCAAUGAAACUUACGUCCUUACAUCAGCUAUCAUCAUCAACAUCGUGGAGAAUGUGAGGAUAGAUGUCUACAACUCCAUUGGUUACUACAUCACAUGGGCUGAUACGACAUACUUUGGCGUUCCACCAGCGACCACUGAAAACAUUAUCAUCACCGUUAUUGCCUUUAUCGUUCUCAUAAUCGUCAUUGUCGUCGCUCUCUUCCUUCAUUACUGGAACAAGAGGCGGGAACACAAUGACAAGUUGAUGAAGAAGAUUGAGGAAAAAAAGAACAAAAAGAACAAAAAGAAGGGUGAGGAGGGAGGCAAAGCUGCAGAGGGAUCUAGUGAUGGGUACAAAAUGGAGACAGAGACUGGCCCCAUCCCCGUACCGGACAGAUUCAAGUUACGUGCUCGAGAGCACAGUCACAAGAUGAGCGGACGGAAAUCCAAUGUGUAUGGUGGUGAGAAGGAUGCUGGUGCCAGUAAACUUCCUCCAUCAAAGGCCAAAGGGGCAGUCAGUGACACAGACUCCGCAAUCAAGAUGGAUGACCCAAAGUCUAAUGGUGACGUAGACGACUCUAGGCGUCAAGCAGAAAAAAGCCACUCGCUGCCUCCUCUGAGGACUUCGGAGCCAAGGAAUGCAGAGGAUGGAGAGGACAAGAAGAAGAGGAAGAAGGCAAAGAGGAAGCACAGAAAAUCAAAGAGGACAGCCAAUGAGAAUGCUGGAUACCAGGCACAGUCUGAUGACGAGGUUACAGAUCUAUAGACAUAGGGUGUGGUAGACUCGGACAGGAGUAUCAAUAUUAUGUUUAGAACCAGUUGUCAAAAAUCUGAAAUUAGAUUAAUGACAAUUUAUUAAUGAAAUGUUUCCUCUGGGAUAUUUUCAAAAACAUGAAAUUUCAAAAUAAAAUUUCAUCAAUAAGUAUUCAAACUGAUUAUCUAAAAACAGGAAAAAAAGGAAAAACAAAUGUUAGUUUUCAGAAAUCUCAUAAAAUUCUAUUAUCAAUUAUCUGAUAUUUAAAACUAAAAAUGUAUGUAUAUAUCAUUAUGAUGGAUUAAAAUGGUUUGUCUGCAUAUAAAAAAUACAAAAUGUUUGUACAUAUAAAUCUGCAGAGUAUACUUAACCUGCUGUAGAUUUGUAAAAGUUUGAAGUCUUGUCAAUAAAUUACAAGCAGGCAGAAUCCUUAUAUUUGAUAUCUUCAUACAAGGGUGAAUUUAAUUUCUAUAACAUUUACUGUCUGUAUUUAUAACGUCAUAACAUUCAAGGUGUAGGUGAAACAGCCACAGAAUAGGUACAAUGUCUGACUGUUGUUCACAUAAAGGGUUGAAGUAAAAAAUAUAUCAAUAAGGGUAUGCAGAUUUAAAUGACACUGCUUUUUUGUGCAUUACCUCUGUGCUAUUUUCAGUUCAUAUAUUUUAUUUUUAAUCCAAGUACCAGGAAGCAACUAUUAUGUAUUAACAAGGGAAUUUCAUAUUAAAAUCACCUAAGGUAAACCUGGAUUUUUUUUAAAAAAGUGUGAGAACAACGUUUGAUAAAAUUAGCAUUGAAGUAUGACGCCAGGACCUGUGCUGACUCCGUUGAGUAUUUAUAGAUCUUAAAUGGGUACUUAAAACAGGCUACAGAACACUACUGUUGUUAUGCAUGUAGAUGGCCAUGGUUAGAUAAACAAACCAAUUGGAUGAGAUAUGUUACUAAUUAUACAGUUAAGUUUUUUGGUAAAUCAUUGAAGAGCAGGAAGUAAUAUUUUGCCAAAGCUAGCCAUUCAUUUCACAGUAAACCUGCUAUCAAGAGUAUUUUGAGAGGGACACAAGAAGUGUUGGCUUUAUUUAGAAACUUAAAUUGUAGAUAGUAUUUAUACUGCUAAAUAAUCUUCAUUAAUUAAAACAAAUGUUAUGUAAAUUAGAUAUUUCAUUUUUCAUUAAAAUAUUUUUUGCCUAAUGUCAUUGGAUCUUAUCGGGAUCCUGUCUGGUAUUACCAGUUAAUGUUUCCUUUUUGGCCUUAGUAUUCUUUGUUUAAGAUAUUAAGACAAAAUUUAAUUUUCUAUGUUUUAAAGGUUCAUACUGUACAAGAUUAGCCCACUUGGGGUUUACCCACUUGAAGGGUCUAGGCAGAUUUACACAUGUAUACAUCUAUUAUAACUGUGUUGCCCUUACACAGACCAUUACCUCUCAGCAUAUUACAUACAGUUCAUUGGUGGAUUAAGCCAUAGAAAAUUGCCAGUUUAAAUGCUUGUACAGUCUGUCUGUAGUUGUCAUAAGUGUUCUUUAUAAUUACAUUUUUUUGUCUUUAUUAAUUAUAAAUCUAUAUAUAAUGUACAUGUACAUCUAAAAACAUCAUGUAUAUAGGUUGUAUUCAUGAUACUGGUUUGUAGUUGUGACCUACCUUAUCCAGUUACUUUAAAACCUAAUACAUUUGUAUAAAGAUUUUUUUUUAUCUUUAAAUACACAAAUACAGUACAAUGUAAAUGUAAAUAUUUUUAUUUUUAAUCAUAUAUAAAGGAAAAUCAAAAUUUGAAAACUACACAAUUGUUCUUAUAGCACUAAACCAUAAACCCAUAUAUAGGUAUCAUAGUUUGGAAACAAAAAACAAAAUUUGAUGCUUUUAGUAGAACAGAUAUUUUCUGAAGGAAAAAAAAUCUUCAGCAAUAAGUCCAUGAAUGUUAACUCGUAGACACAUAAAAGAAAUGCAUGAUUUACAUGUUCUUUUCAAAUUAUCAACUAUUUGGUUGGUUAGUUUUAUUGGUUUUGAAUUUUUAACCCUAGUUAUAUUUAAACCAACUUUAUAUUUGUAUAUAUACAUAUGCUUACAGUUUUGUUUGACACAGACUCAAUGCAGCUUGUUCUGCAUGCUUCCUUCAACACCCAAAGAAGGAUCUUUGUGUUAUUAGUGGGGUCUGUGUCAAUAUUUGACGGCUGCUGGGGCCUCUGAUCAAGUGUAUCCCGUCCCUCUCAUAGAAGGAAUUCUAAAAAAAAGACCGUUAUAUAAACAAACAGUAAGAAAUUAAUGCAUAUCUUGUUGCCUACACUACUAUAUGAAAGGAAGGUCACCUUGAGCAAAUGUUUGCUGUUCACGUAUUUUGCAUGAAAUUUAACUCCUUUCAUCUGGCUGUAUAAUACACAUUAUUGUCUUUAUCAGGUCCUUUUUAAAGGGGACCAAGUUUACCGAUUUAAGGCAAGUUUGAAAUGUGUGUUUCUGAUGACAGGAUCAACUGUUACUGAUUAGAAGUUCUAUAUUAUACCCUUUAAUGGUUAUGUAUUUGUGCACAUGCUGGUAUUUCUGACUUGACGUUUUAUUUUACAUGGUUGAUAAGUUAGUGCUGGGUGUUGUUUUUUAAUCUGAAUAGUUUACAAAGCAGAUAUUUAACUGUGAUAAGCAUUAUUGUUUUUGAUAUUUAAGUAAUUUUUGUUGACAUAUUACAAAGUUAUAUAGGGUGAAUGAGCCAUCGUAUUUAGCAUUGUGUGUGACGAGGAUGUAUAAUUGGAUUUUAUACAGUGCUAAGUGUUUCAUUCCAGCUAUUUUGGUCGGAGUUACAUGAUGUACCUGUAACUUGACAUGUAUUAAAUGACUACAGAGAACUUAGCCCUGACAACAAUCUAUCCAAAAGGCUGAAAAAUCUCAGCAUCUGUAUCAAAGGACAAGAAACAAGCUACAUUAGUUGGUACUGUUCUGUUUAUUUACUUUUCCUUAUUUUAUCUUCUGAUAAAGAUUGUUCUGUAUACAGGGAAAGAUUUACCACAGAUAUUUACCCGAGUCCUCUUUGCACUCUGUAACAAAGAGGGCAAAGUUUUUAUGAUGCAAACACAAAUACACAGUAUAUAGAGUGCUCACUAUUUACGAGUAAAUGGCAAAACUAUUUCUGGUAGAAUAUGGAUUUUACUGAUAAAAGGCAAACAUUUGUCUGAGCAGAAGUUUUCCUGAUACACAGUUUUAACCUCCCGUAACCAAGACGAUCUAAUGUCACUUCAACAAAUACAUGUAUAGUUACUGGAGGUUGGUUGUAAUGGAACUGGUGAAUACUGUUUCAGCAUGGAUGUAAACAAGAAUGUCUUAAUUUGUGGUACUCGUAUUUUAAAUUUAUUCAAAGUGAAAUCGAUGUACACAAUUUUUUUUAAAUAUUAAACUUAAUUGACAGACCUCAUCUUUUCAAAAAAAAAAAAUUACCACAGGACUGUUAUUUAUUGACUAUUAAUAUUUUACGUCACCUUAUUCAAUUCAUUGUGUUUGAAUGUCUGUUAACUUUUUAUAGUUAUUUCUUACCUUAAGGUAUUAUGGUCCACAUAAUCCGUCCAAUAUCCUAUGUAUGUAUCACCGCUUCAGAGAUUUACUGUUUUCAUCACAAGCCUUUCAAUGUUUUAAGUAUGAAAUUAGCUUCAAGUAGAAACUCAAACCAACUGUGCUUACAAAUCUUUACACUCGUGUCUUUAAUUUUUAAAUCUCUAGAGAAAACUUCAUUUCUAAAUAUCUUUACAGUAGAAGCUUAAUACAACUUAAUUCUAAUAUGAUAUGGCAAUGCAUAUGAAUUAGACUUUAAAGCAAUUUUAUUUAAAAUAAAAAUAAAAGGCAAUAUAGACGAUAAUUUAAUGUUGUUUUACCAUAUUUGGGAUAUUAGAUUAAAAACAGGGUAUUCAUUUAAUAUUUUCUUUAAUGUCAAGCCAUUAAGAGUAAUAUUGAUAAUACACUACAUUGUUUGUGAUAUCUAAUUGUAUAGUUUUACUGGCAGAAUCACUAACAUUCACUGUUUGUAUGUGAUAGUCUCGUGCGUGUUGGUAUAUUUAUUAACAUUUUUUUCUCUCUUUUAUUCGUCCAUUAUUAACUUUGUCACUUUUAUAGAAACAAUAAAAAGUCAAAACUAU